AUUUGUUCUUACCUACAUGUAGGCCUGGUAGCAGUCAUUCUGUCUUCUACAGGAUAAUAGCGUAUACUAUUCGACCGUCGAGUCCGCUCUCUUCUCUCUCUUCUCUUCUCUGUAAACUAUUAGUGCUGCGCUUUGUCCACGGUCUUGCGUGCGCAUCACGGGAAUCACUGGUCCUUGCCACGCGGACCUUUACUGACAGAGACUGUGGUAUGUAAGCAGCUCCCUCGUGCAAGCAUGCCAUUCUCCGAAGCAGAGGAAUAGCUAUGGAGAGGGCACAACAUCCGCUUCCCUCGAGUCUGGACGCCUCAAACUUGGGGAGCGAUCAGGGCGAAGAGGAUCGCUCUCAGUGCGAGCUUCAGGUGCUUUUCAGUCUUUCGCUGUUGGCCUCCACCGGGUGCGGCAGAGCUCGAUUAAUGAUCACCCCUUGAGGCUGCGGCGUGCGAGGUGUAUUGAAGGUGCAGUUUCUUGCUUGCACAUGAGCAGUUCAUGUUAUUAUGCUGCCAGAGUGAAGACUGUCUGAAGUGAUGAUCACGGGGGCCGGAGACGGGAGUAGACUACAAUAUGUCCAGCCUGAGGUGCCGGAGCUCGGGCCAGUAGACGCAUCUGUCGUUGUUGUUGCUUUUGGGCUUUUCACAGCUUCGCGUGCAUGCGCAGACUCAACCAUCCAUCCCACUCCGCGUGCAAGUGCAGACACAACCAUCCAUCCCACUCCGCAUCAUCUUCCAACAAGUACAUGAUUCUCUACAUGCUGACUGCGACAACAGAAGCCGCCUCGGUCUGCACAAGGACACAACAGAGCUGCCUUGGCUGGCACAGUGGCGGCGCUCCGCCGUGUCCACUCCACGCAGUCUCCUCGGAACCUUGCACCACCCAUCGACAACGAAUUUCAAAGCGGUGCGCCUGGAAGUGGGAUGUCAGCACUGUGAUCUCGUUUCUACACUGGAGUAUUUAUUGAGCUGGAGCGUUCGGCAUCUGCUGCCGCGGACCGGCAACAGUCUACUGUGCACCACACGGACGCACUACAACCGCCGUCGGGCUUCUGCACAGCGAGAAUGACCGGCGCCAUCAAGGAAAGCAAGUGGCUUCAUCGGCUUGCCUAUGGCAGCUGGUAAAGAACUACACAUGACCAAGAAAUGCAAUGAAAUAACAAGAAUGGACGAUGG